CCUUGCGACUCGAGUUCUGCGGAAACCUGAUCAUCAAACUUUGACUUAUUUAAAAAAAAAAAAGAAAAAGAAAAAAAAGAAAGUUAGGAGCAAACAAACUUAUAUUUUUCCCUCUUUCUGUAAUUAGCGUCUCCAACAUCGAUAUCGUUUUUGUUGCGUUACUUCAACAACGGUACCAACUAUUGUUAUCUCGCUCACCAUGUACAAAUAGCAACUAAUUAGCAUCGCCAGCUAAUAAACUAGCCGGGAGUCGAGGAAUUGUAAACUACCAGCUAAGUGGCCAGGUGAGCCAGACGGAGCAGGAUGACUGAGUAUAAGUUGGUGGUUGUGGGGGCUGGUGGUGUGGGGAAGAGUGCACUCACCAUACAGCUCAUCCAGAAUCACUUUGUGGAUGAAUAUGACCCCACCAUAGAGGACUCGUACAGGAAACAAGUGGUGAUUGACGGGGAGACAUGUCUCCUGGACAUCCUGGACACGGCUGGACAGGAGGAGUACAGUGCCAUGAGAGAUCAGUACAUGAGGACGGGCGAGGGCUUCCUCUGCGUCUUUGCCAUCAACAACACCAAGUCCUUCGCUGAUGUACAUUUAUAUCGCGAGCAGAUCAAGCGAGUGAAAGACUCUGAUGAUGUUCCCAUGGUGCUGGUUGGAAACAAAUGUGAUUUGGCCAGGACCGUCGACACCAAGCAGGCUCAGGAGCUGGCCAGGAGCUAUGGCAUAGAAUUUGUAGAAACCUCAGCCAAGACCAGACAGGGAGUUGAGGAUGCCUUUUACACCCUUGUCCGUGAGAUCCGCCAUCAUCGCAUGAAAAAACUCAACAGCAGGGAGGACAGGAAACAGGGUUGCCUUGGUGUCUCCUGUGAAGUCAUGUGACCAGGACGUGCUUCAGUCUCCUGAGUUGCCACAGAAGCUCAAUGGCCAGCAGCUGAAUACUUUAUGACCACUUGUGACCGAGAGCAUUUAGGAGUGGUACAAUCUUGCUUCAGCUUUCAUUCAUAUAGCCUGGAAUUGGCCUCGGUAGUGGAGCUUCUGACACGUGGCCCCCUGCUGGCUGAAAGGGAGUAAUGCAACGCUGGUCUGCUCACUGUGUGGACUAUAAUGGAAACUGUGGUGGUUUGAGACGUUUGGCUCCACCACCGAUCAUGUUCACAUAUGUGCAUUUAUCUCGUUAGUAAUUAAGUGCUGGGAUCGUACAUCCACCCUGUGUUUAAAAUUUGAUUGAACUUGACCUUAGUCUUUAGGUUCAGUGCUCAGGAAUACUGUGAAGGCAUAUGUGCCUCUAUGUGUCGUGUGGGUUAAUUAUUGUUGUUUUGUUUUGGCGAGGUGUUUUUUUUGGGGGGGGUGUCUUUUUUUUUGUUUGUUUGUUUUUUUUUUCCUCCCCUUUUUUUUUGGGGGGGGGGGCAGGGCAGGCAAAGUUACCAGACCCAUUUUGCAUCAGAUUUUAAUCUUCAGAAAACUGUUGCUUGUGCUGUAUUAGCUCCUUUGUUAACCUAAAGCUUGAUCCAUGCGCUUUGCAGCAUCUGUGGUGUUAACAGCAAGCAGGGAGCUUUGAAACAAGGCUGUUGCUUCAAGUGAGCAGUGACUGGUCUCCGGAGAGGACAUGGCUCCUUCCAGAAGCUGCUGUUGAGCUGCUUUAUGUGCCUUGCCCCUGCUUCGAGCCCAUCACACAGCACUGUUAAUGCCACAGACACUGGAACAACCAAGCAUGCACACCUGUGCUUUUCUUUUAAUACUUUUUUUUUUAUUUUUAUACUUGUAUGCUUUGUAAUUCCAAAUGGUUUGUGUACAAAAAAAAGAGGUCAAUCAAAUUUCAGUUGGUGCGGAAAAGGUUUCACGUAGAGGAGAGAUGGUUGUUGGUGCUCUGGUUAACCAAUCAAAUCGCAAAUUUAUAUUCCUUUUGCUCGCUAAAUUACAUCUCUGGUUUCCUGAUAAAUUAUGACUUUAGUAUGUUGGGGCAUAGCAUUCGUUGGUGUUCAGAUGGUUAGGAUGAAGUUGGGAUAGGAUGGGGGCUAAGCUGUGUAAUAGACUUAACUAUCCUUAUUGCUGCCAUGAUUGUUUUCUUACCAAAAAGAAUGUCAUUCAUGGUGCCAAAACUAACUUGGUUUCUUCUCCCUACCCCCAUCAGGAAGACUUUGGUUCUUUUUCUUAUGUUUUGUUUUUAUCAUGAUCUUGGCUUUAAAUGACUUUCAUCUAAUCAGAUUUGGAGACCUGAAAAUGAACAUCUGAUAUCAGAAUAAUGACCAUUUAGUUUUAUAUGUAACAGGCAUUUUAUGUGCCACCAUAUUGCAGAGUUCCUUUACUAGUAAAUUAAUUGUAAACCACAAUCACAGUUGAGAUGUUUGUGUGAAAGUAAGUGAGAGAGCUGCACAAUAUGGAUCAAAAUGUUUGUAUUAUUUUGCUAUGCAUUAUAUUUAAACUGCUUUGCUUUGCUAAGCCCUUUGCCAGGGCCGGUUUCCUAGUCUUUGAAUGCCUAUGGCUAGACACAAUACACAUACAGACUUGCACAAAAAGUAGGCAUUUGUGAGAGGGUUCAUUUCCAUUACAAUAUUAAGUAUGAUUUUAAAAAUAUAGUUUGUGCAAUCUG